AAACAAAAUAAACAACAUUAUGUUUGAUGAAACGCUUUAUUUCAAGAAUUACAUUAUGACGUCUUAGGUUUGUUCAAUUUUAUGCACUCACUUUGUCCACAUUUUGUCUUGUUCACUAUGUACAAAACGGAGAGGAAGAAAAUACCUAAAGUGCAUGUCAGUAUUAAAUAAAACAUCUCUUCUCUUUUACAGAAUCAUUCUCGUUCCAUUUCGACGACGAAUUUUUCAAUUUGAUGUGUGUGUGUGUGUAUGUGUGACGUUCUGUCAUCGAGCAACGUUUCCAACGAGCAAAAUAAUAAAAGACGACUAUUUCGAAGAUUAAAAACGGUAAGACAAGGUCGUCCAAAAGCCCAGAUGUGCUGUAAAAGAUGAAAUAACGAGCCCGGUGCAGCGGGAAGAACACGGAGCAAGUUUGAAGGCCCGCCGAGUUAAUUCGUUCACGGUUCAAUUUAAAACUGCUACUGGAUAUCGCUUUUAUUAUUACACGACGAUGACGAGGGGCAAAACGGGGCGAGGAGGCCGAAAUAACACACAGCACCGACGAGGAAAAAAACGAUCAAAUUAAAAUACAUCGCCUGUAUCAUGUCUUCGCCUCGAAUCUCACACCGUCUCGAAACAGCGGCAAAACUGUUCCUCAUUAAUUACAACGCACUCAUUAAUGCUCCUUAUUUACAUUGCGGUGCAUUCGAAGAACGUCUCCUUCGCUUGUUUUGGGUCCCUUUUCGUCGCAAACAAUCAAUUCGAAGCGACGCUGGGUAGUUUUCGCUUAGGGGAGUCGUGCCAAACGAUCACCGCCUUUCUUCCCUUUGUGGUGCUCCACCAACAAACAAACAAACAAACAAACGAAGAGGGAAGAGGGAAGAGGGAAGAGGGAAAAGGGAAGGAUGAACAUGGAGGAGCAACGAGUAAUAAAUCAGUCAGUCAGUCAUUCAGUCAGUUUUGAGCAAAACAGCAGCAACCCCAAAGAUGAUGAACGGAAUAAAGGAAAACCUUCUCGAAUGUUACGUGUUCUACGCAUCGAUUUUGUGUUUAAAGUUAUUAUUCAUGAGCAUUCUGGUCGGACUUGCUCGUGUUUACCACAAGGCCGUGUUCAACGUGGAGGACUCCAAGUACGGAUCGUUCCAACUGAAGACGGACGAAACGGUGGAGAGAUACAGGAGGGCGCAUUUAAACGAUCUGGAAUCGAUUCCCGUGUUCCUGGUCAGCUCGUUCCUGUUCCUGCUGACCGAACCGUCGACCGCAUUGGCGCUGUGGAUCUUCAGGAUUUACACCCUGACCAGGAUCAGCCACACGUUCAACUAUUGCGUCGUGAAGAGCACGAUUCUGCGGAUAAUCUCGUACGAUUUGGGCCUCUAUCUGAAUCUGUUCGUGGUGCUGAGAACCAUUUACUAUUACCUGUGAACAAAGCGUUUCCCUGUUACUCAAUUCGCGUUUAAUAAAUUGUAAAAGCAG